UCUUUUAGAAGUAGAGAGGUCGAUAGUUACUAAAAUUAAAAACGGAUGUUUGCAUGUCCAUAGUAACACCAAAGGCAGUCAAAGUAGCCAAAAGAAAAAUAGUAUUACUAUAUUGCGUUGAAAAUGGCAGAACUUACUGAAGAAGUUGGUAUAGAAAAAAGGAAAAGUAGAAUCAACAGCUCUAUUGCAGUUGGUGGAAAAUUGCUCACUCCUGCACCAACAUCACCCAGAUCAACCCGAAGCCCAGCUGAAAUUAAAAAGCCAUUGGAUGAUAUUUUACCAGAGGAAAUUGUCCCUGACAGAGUAGGUGACUGGCGGAAUAUGAGAAGAAUUAUAGCAGAAGACCCGGAGUGGUCUUUGGCAACAGUCCCACUCUUAAAUGAGCUUGUUAUUAAGCAAAUUGUGAAAAAUUUUGAAAAUAAGUCAGAUAUUUUAAAAGAUCUGCUGACAAAACAUCAGAAGAAAGUGCUGUCUCAAAUUUCUACUGAUUUACCUCUAAAAGUCACAGCAUUACUAAUAGAUGAUGAAGGAUUCUGGGAAAGAUGUUGCAGAGCACGGUGGGAACUUUGUGAAAUAUCCAGCUAUGGGAACAGCUGGAAAAGAAUGUACUUUGAGAAAAAUCUUCAACAAAUAAUAGAACUCUUUGUACCUGAAAAAUCAGACAGUGAUGAACUAGAAGACACCAUUGCACUUUCUACCAAUUUUAUUCGGAAACUUGAGAUCAAGCAACUCCUUCCUCCUCUUGCCUCAGUGUCCAAAGGUCCAGAUUUUGAUGAGAAUUCAGAUGCAGCCAGUGAUACAGGGGAUGAGUUGGAGAGUGAUCAUUUCAAUUUUGGCCCAGUUUUAAAAAGAUUACCUUUUCUUGAAGAGUUUCAUUUAACGUAUGGUGUACGUGAUUGUGGAAUGAACUUUGAGUGGAGCUUGUUUCAGUUCACAGCAAAAGACUGUCUGCAGCUUUCAGAAUGUAUUGCUGCUUUACCAAAUCUAAAAGUUUUCAGACUUCACAGAAGCAAAGUAGAUGACGAAAAGGCCAGAGUCCUCAUUAGUCACAUACUGGAUCACCCGGGACUCAUUGAGUUGGAUUUGUCACACAACAUCAUUGGAGAUCGAGGUGCUCGUGCCAUUGGUAAAUUUCUCAACAAUCACAGCCAGCUGGUCAAACUCAACUUGUGCAACAAUCAGAUCAGAGUGGCUGGGGCUCAAGCCAUUGCACAUGCAUUAACUAAGAAUAACUUGCUACAGUAUUUAAAUCUUCGUUUGAAUCGCUUAGGAGAUGAAGGUGGCCAAGCAAUCUGCAGAGCUCUUACCAAAAACAGAACUCUAGUUGACAUCAAUUUGAGUUCCAAUGAACUGGCAGAGCCCACAGCUGCCAUUUUAUCUCAAGUUGUGAUUCAAAAUCCAAUCAUUCGAACAUUAGAUCUCUCUUGUAACCGACUUGGGCCAGAUGGAGGCAAGCAGCUGCAAGAAGGCAUGGAAGAAAAUAAGACAAUAACCUCCAUGGAUCUUCGGCUGACAGAAUGUGGACAAGAGGCUGAGUACUGCAUCAAUCAGGUUUUACACAGAAAUCAAGAAGCUGACAGAGAGCAGCGUAUAAAAGAUAGUCAAAGUAUUAAUGAAGAAUUCCGCAAGAAAAGUACUGAACCACAGGCCGCUCAUCGUUUCCAGCUUCCUCCUGCUGCUGUCAUUGCAUGAAACACCAUUGCUACCAUAACGCAUCAAAUUAUAGCAUUGCCAAUAUAAAUAUCUGCAGUUAUUGAUUAGGGCAGAUUGCAUGAAAGUGUAAAGUAUUACCAUUAAAAUAUCUGCGGUUAUUGAUUAGUGUUGCUGAAAGACUGCAUGAAAGUUAUUUUAAAUUUCCAUGAAAGAAAAGAAAAAGAUGGAUGCAGACAUUUUUUUAAUGAGGGUUGUGUUUUUUUAUUAGCAUCAAUAAAAUUAAUCUUAUUAAAACUUUAAAAAAAUUGGUUUGCUUUUGAAAUGUGGUAUUUUAUAUAAAAAGACAUGCUACUAAACAGUCAAGAAUGGAGUGAAUGAGUGGGACAUGAAAAAGUACUGUAACCCUCUUAGGAUAAAGCUUUAUUAAUGACCGAGCCGUUAUUUUAAAAAUAAGCUAAUUAUUUUAUAUUUAUAAUUUAAUGAGCUUAUGAACUUCAAUAAAUCAAAUAAAA